AUGUCUGGUGACUACCCGAAGCACCCCUUCCUCCUGUCGGUCGACGAGACCGCAAAGGCCCUGGGAGUCGACGUCGACAAGGGAUUGUCGUCCCAGCAGGUCCAGGAGGCUCAGCAAAAGUACCCCGAGAAUGAGUUCGAAGUCGGCGAUUCGGUGCCAUGGUACACCAUUCUCAGCAAGCAGAUCUUCAAUGCCAUGGUGCUGGUCCUCAUCUUCGCCAUGAUUCUAAGUUUCGCGAUCAACGACUACAUCGAGGGCGGCGUUCUCGCGUUCGUCAUUGUCGCCAACGUCACCAUCGGAUUCUGGCAAGAGUAUCGCGCUGAAAAGCGAAUGGACGCGCUGCGCUCUCUGUCUGCACCCUCUGCCAAUGUCUUGCGGGACGGCAAGACGCAGGUUAUCCCCAAUGCUCAAGUCGUUCCCGGUGACAUCAUCCUGCUGAAGAUGGGUGAUACCGUGCCCGCAGAUAUGCGCAUGUUCGAGGCUAUGAACCUGUCCUGCGACGAGCAGUCCCUGACUGGUGAAGCCGCUCCCGUCGACAAGACCACCGAAGCCAACAUUGUGGUCCCCGGCACCGAGAAGCCCGCCACCGAGGAGGGUGAAGUCGGCAUUGGCGACCGUUUCAACAUCUGCUAUGCCACCACCAUUAUCCGAAAGGGCCGUGGUCGCGGCAUUGUCAUCGCUACUGGAAUGCAGACCGAGGUCGGCAAGAUCGCUGCCUCUACCCAGAAGAAGGUCCGCAAGCCUGGCCGCUCCAUGAACUACAAGAAGUACGGCAAGCGUCAGCCUGUUGUCGGCCUUACGAAGCGUGUCUACGAUGCUGUUGGCAAGUUCUUGGGUCUCACCGAGGGUACUCCUCUGCAGCGCAAGCUUGCUGCUCUGGCCUACCUGCUCUUCGGCUGUGCCAUCAUCUUGGCCAUGAUCGUCUUUGGUGCCCACAAGUUUGACGUUACUGGUGAAGUUAUCAUCUACGCCGUGUCGCUUGGUAUUGCCAUUAUCCCCGAAUCUCUUGUUGCCGUCCUCACCAUCACCAUGGUUGUUGCCGUCACUGUCAUGCGCAAGGCGAACGUCGUUGUCCGAGACUUGUCUGCCCUGGAAGCCCUUGGCGGUGUCACCAACAUUUGCUCCGACAAGACCGGUACCCUUACUCAGGGUGCCAUGAUUGUUCGCAAGGCCUGGCUCCCCAUGUCCCACACCUACACUGUCCGCGAUUCCCAGAACCCCUCCGACCCUACCAAGGGCAAGGUCACCUACACCGAGUCCAAGGAGGAGGAGAAGAUUGACGAAGCACCCAAGCGUGACUAUGACCAGGAGCGUUCUGCUGCCGUUCUCAAGUUCGACGUCCCCGAGGAGAAGCUCCAGAACAAGCAGCCCGCCAAGGCACCCGAGCCUGAGGUUGAUGCUGAGAUGACUCCACCCCUGAAGGCCUUCCUUCUGUCCUCCGCUCUUUGCAACCUGGCCACCGUUCGAUAUGAUGAGGACGAGGCCAAGUGGCAAACUACUGGCGAGCCUACCGAGAUUGCGCUUCAAGUCUUUUCCCACCGUUUCAAGCUCGGCAAGAAGUUCCUUGAGGGCAAGGGCUGGCAUCAAUUGGCUGAGUUCCCCUUCGACAGUUCCAUCAAGCGCAUGUCAGUUAUCUACGAUAUCCCCCACGACGAUGAGACUGCCGACAUCUGGGGCCACGACAACAGCCUCGUCUUCACCAAGGGCGCCGUUGAGCGUAUCUUGGAUCUUUGCACCCAUCUCGGCUUUGGUGACGCUAAGCAGGAGCUUACUGAGGAGCUCAAGGGACAAGUUCUCGAGCAGAUGAACAACCUUGCUUCUCAGGGCCAGCGUGUUCUUGCCAUUGGCUACCGUGAUUGGAACGGCAAGUUCACCACCAACCAGUCUACUGUCCCCACCGAAAAGGAAGAGGAGCUCCGCGGAGAGGUUGAGCAGGGCCUUACUUUGCUCGGUCUCGCCGGUAUCUACGAUCCUCCUCGCCGCGAGACCAAGCCGUCCAUCGCCGAAUGCUCCACUGCCGGUAUCAAGGUUCACAUGCUCACGGGUGACCACCCCGAGACUGCCAAGGCCAUUGCGAAAGAAGUCGGCAUCAUCCCCAAGAACCUCGGCGUCCUACCCGAUAGUAUCGCCAAGGCUGUUGUUCAGAAGGCCACCGACUUUGACAAGAUGACCGACGCUGAGAUCGAUGCUCUUGAGGAACUGCCUCUCGUCAUCGCUCGUUGCGCUCCCGAGACCAAGACUCGCAUGAUUGACGCCCUCCGUCGUCGCAAUGCCUUCAUGGCCAUGACUGGUGAUGGUGUCAACGAUGCCCCCUCCCUUGCUCGUGCUGAUGUUGGUAUUGCCAUGGGUUCUGGUUCCGACGUCGCCAAGUCUGCCUCCAAGAUCGUGCUCACUGACGACAAGUUCAACUCUAUUGUCGCUGCCAUUCGCCAGGGUCGUCGCAUGUUCGACAACAUCCAGAAAUUCAUCCUCCACUUGCUCAGCUCCAACGUUGGUGAAGUCAUUCUCCUGGUGUGCGGUCUUGCCUUCCGGGACAGUGACUCUCUCUCUGUUUUCCCCAUCUCGCCUCUCGAGAUUCUCUGGAUCAACAUGGUUACCUCGUCCUUCCCUGCCUUUGGUCUCGGUCGUGAGGAAGCUGCCGCGGAUGUCAUGCGCAAGCCCCCUCAGAACAAGAAGCGCGGUGUCUUCACCAACCAGAUUCUUGUGGAUAUGGUUGUCUACGGUAUCAUCAUGGGCGCGCUGACCAUGUGCACCUUCGUUAUCAUCGUCUGGGGAGCCAACGACGGCAACCUUGGUUCUGCUUGCAACAAGGAGUUCAGCGAGGCGUGCCGUCCUGUCUUCCGUGCCCGUGCUGCCGUCUUCGCCGAGCUUACUUGGAUCAUCCUCAUCUCCGCCUGGGAGUUCAAGAACCUGCGCCGCUCCAUGUUCCGCCUGAACCCUGAGGACCCGAGCAAGUUCCCCCUCUUCAAGGACCUCUACGCCAACAAGUUCCUCUUCUGGGCUGUUGUCCUCGGCGCUCUCUCUGUCUUCCCCGUUGUUUACAUCCCCCAGCUUAACACCAAGUUGUUCAAGCACGUUGGCAUCACCUGGGAGUGGGGCAUCUCUGUCGGCUUCACCAUCCUCUACGUCGUCGGUGUCGAGGCCUGGAAGUUCGUCAAGCGUACCUUCCACUUGCUCGAGGACCAUAAGGUUGUCCGCGGCGCCUUCAGCCAGGGUGGUGAGGACGAGGGCCGCGACUUCAAGAAGACCAUGACCAUGUCCAGCUUCAAGAGUUGGGCCUCCUUCGGUCGCAAGGACACCGGCGAGUCCACAGGCCGCCGCAGCCGCUCCCAGUUGCGCACCAACACCAACCUGUCGGGCGACACCCGCACCGGCGAGGGCUCCCCCAACACCAGCGCGGACGACAAGGUCUGA